AUGACCGACAAACCGUCGCUGAUGGUCCGCGAAUUCCUCGUCGAUGACUCGAAAAACACGACAAAGCGGUACCAAACAUCAUUUGAAAGGUCUGUCGAAGAAAGCUGGCCCGAAGAAGCCUUCCAAAGACACUACUGCUUCUUCUACGGCACAUUGAUGGAUCCAGAUAUACUCUCUCGAGUCUUGAAGUCGUCAAAGAAACCGCCCAUCAUGCAUCGCGCUCGAGUCAUGGGCUACCAGGUCAAGCUUUGGGGUCUCUACCCCGCGCUUCUUGAUGGAGAGUCACUGAACCCGGUCGACGGGAUGGCAUACGAACUCCGGUCACAGACUCAACUUGAUCGGCUCGCGACUUACGAGACGGAGCAGUAUCGGCUGCAAGCUUGCCUGAUUGACCUUCUGAGCGACGAUGGUGUUGGGAAGACUAUCGAGGGUGUCACUUUCGUGUGGAAUGGAGAGCAGGAUGAGUUGAAAGAAGGCACGUUUAAUCUGAAACAGUGGAAGAAAGAAGAACAGUUGCGUGCUCUUGAUUGA